CCCGUUUCUUUUUCUCCUUUCGGAAAAGGUGGGCGGGUCCCGGAGAGGCCGAGCCUCUGUCAGGUGAUCGCCAGCUGGCGCGGUCACGACGGCUGGGGUGCAGUGAGAGUUGCUGUAGGAACGGGAUGGCUGCUGCGGACGCUGCCGGCGGGAAGCGCGUGGGCUGCCCUGGCUGGGCGCUGCUGUGGGGCUGGGCGCUGCUGGGCUGCGCCUCGUGUCCUCGCCCCCCGGGCUACGUGCUGGACGAUUCGGGCGGGCUGGGUCGAGAGUUCGACGGCAUCGGGGCCGUGAGCGGCGGAGGGGCUACCUCUCGACUUUUGGUGAAUUACCCAGAGCCUUAUCGCUCCCAGAUCUUAGAUUAUCUGUUUAUGCCAAAUUUUGGUGCCUCUUUGCAUAUUCUCAAAGUAGAGAUUGGUGGUGAUGGACAGUCAACAGACGGCACUGAACCCUCCCACAUGCACUAUGAAAACGAUGAGAAUUAUUUCCGGGGCUAUGAGUGGUGGCUAAUGAAGGAAGCAAAAAAGAGGAACCCCAGCAUUAAAUUGAUUGGGUUACCUUGGGCAUUUCCUGGAUGGAUAGGAAGGGGACAGAACUGGCCCUAUAAUGAUCCUGAUGUCACUGCUUACUAUAUUGUUUCCUGGAUUCUAGGUGCCAAACAGUUUCAUAAUUUGGACAUUGAUUAUGUUGGGAUAUGGAAUGAGAGAUCAUUUAAUAGCAAAUAUAUCAAGCUAUUAAGGUACACCUUGGAUAAACAAGGUUUGCAGCGAGUGAGGAUCAUAGCCAGUGAUAACCAGUGGCAACCAAUUUCCUUUUACAUGAUGGUCGAUUCUGAGCUUCAUAAAGUGGUCGAUAUCAUAGGGGCUCAUUACCCUGGGACAAAAACAGUGGCUAAUGCUUUAGCUACUAAGAAGAAACUAUGGGCUUCAGAAGACUACAGCACUUUCAAUGAUGCAGUGGGUGCAGGCUGCUGGGCUCGGAUCCUGAACCAGAACUAUGUGAAUGGAAAUAUGACCUCAACUAUUGCUUGGAAUUUGGUGUCCAGUUAUUAUGAAGACUUGCCCUUUGGUCGGACUGGAUUAAUGACAGCGCAAGAGCCAUGGAGUGGUCAUUAUGUAGUGGAAGCUCCCAUCUGGAUCACAGCACACACAACACAGUUUACCCAGCCUGGCUGGCACUACUUGCAGGUGGAUGGACAUCUAGAACAUGGUGGCAGCUAUGUAGCUCUGACCGAUGGCCUAGGCAACCUUACUAUCAUCAUUGAAACCAUGACUUAUUCUCACUCUCAGUGUAUCAGACCUCCAUUGCUGCCCUUCAGAGUGUCACCUCAAAAAGCAACUUUCUACCUCAAAGGAUCCUUUCAAAAAGUGAAAACCCUGAAAAUGUGGUAUACUAAGCUUGGCUUCAAAUCUGCAAACACCACCUUAUUCCAUCCACUUCCUCCUGUAAAGGUAAAUGAAGGAGUGUUCAGCUUAAAUCUAGCUGUGGAUGAAGUCUACACUUUAACCACCCUCUUGGCAGGCCAGAAGGGCACUUACCCAGAUCCUCCCCAGUCCAAGCCUUUUCCUUCAAAUUACAAGGAUGACUUCAAAGUUCGUAAUCCACCCUUUAGUGAAGCUCCAUAUUUUGCUGAUCAGACUGGGGUAUUCGAGUACUUUGUGAACACUUCUGAUCCAGGGGGCCAUGCUUUCACACUCCGCCAGGUGGUGAUUCAGCGACCCAUCACUUGGGCUUCUGAUGCGGACCAGACCAUCAGCAUUAUAGGAAAUUUUAAAUGGGUAAAUGUGAUAAUAACUUGUGACGUAUACAUAGAGCACUCGGUCAAUGGCGGCGUGUUUAUUGCAGGAAGAGUGAACAAUGGUGGGAUAUAUGUUCGACGUAGCAGAGGACUUUUCUUCUGGGUGUUUGCAGAUGGCACCUACCAAGUCACUGGUGAUCUUUCUGGAAAGGAGGUCCUGAUGAAAGGAGUGUCUGGUGUGCGAGCCAGAGUAUGGCACACGCUCACUCUGAAACUCAAGGGUUCAUCUGCCUCAGGAUUGCUUAAUGGUUAUCCUCUCUGGGAGAACGUCACCAUAUCUGAGACAAGUCAUGGCUGGGCAGCUAUUGGAACUCGUUCCUUUGGAUUUGCGCAGUUUGACAAUUUUCACAUUGAGGCCAGCUGAAGUUGAUGGCAAAUUUGGCCGAGCCAGUUGUUUUAUUGCUGCUUUGAAUCUGAGCCAGUUCAAAUUUUGCAGAUUACUUGUAAAUACUGUUUUGAGGUGGUAUUAUUAGCCAGAUUUCAAAAUUCCACCCUUAUUUAUUACUGUUUGUUAGGCACUUACUUGAGAAGAUACACGUGCUUGUGACUUAAUCAAAAGGAUGCUCUGGGAUUUUACCAUUUAAUUUCUAGAGAUAAGCAAACAGGAGUCAAACCCUUUUGAAUUUUUGGAAUUCAGCCAUCCCAGUUAACAUAAGUUUUAAGAAAUUAACAUGCAAUACUCAGAAGCUUCAUUUUUAACGUUUAUAUGGCUCUGAUGUUUUUUCCUUUCAUCAUCCAACUAAGAAUUCAUCAUCUAAGCGUAGUGAACAUAGUCCUAAAAAAGUCACGUUUACUGUUCCUAAAUUUCCCUUUCAACAAAAUGCUUAUAAAAAUAUUUUGCCUUUUUUUCUUGCCUUAGUCUGAGGUUAGGGAAUGCACAACUGCAAGUGCAUUUGAGUUACUUGUCCCAGUUGUAAAUGAAACCUGCCAUUCCCUCAUUACACAUAUUUUGAGGCUCUGUUCUUUGCACUGGAGUACAAACUCAACUUGCAGUUGAUCUGGCCAUUUAUGAAGUGCUUUAUUUUAAAACUACCUCUCUCAUUAAUGACAAUGUAGCAAAUGAGCUGAAAGCUGUUUAAUGCAAUCAGCUGUUGAUAUCCCCAGUCUUUUCUGUUCACUAUCUUGGCUGCUUUUCCAGGAGUGGGACGGGAAAGAUGGGUGUCUGAAUUUGGUGAGGUGCAUAGAUAAUAUGGCCAUGAUCUCUUGAAGUACAGAUGAGUAUAUUUCCUCUAGAGUUGACACCCAAGAUGUGUGUGCCACUUAGCUACUGAAUGGUCUAAUAAGUAAAGAUCU